AUGUUGAAGAUUCACAUGGAGGUGAUUAAAAAUCCGGGAGUGAACCUCUACCAAGGAAAAGACCAACCUAAUAAAGGUAAAGGUAAAGGUAAAGGUAAAGGAAAAGGAAAGGGGAAACCAAAGGAUGGAAAGAAGGCAGCAUGUUAUGUAUGUGGCAACAAAGACCAUAUGUCUCCAAAAUGCCCAGACAGACUGCUACCAAAGACCCAAUGGAAGAAUCAGGAUCAAUAUGUUGACUAUGGGAAGAAGCUCAAUCUUAAUCAGAUUGGAACAACUGUCCCAGCUAUAGUUCCUGGAGCUUCAGCAUCCACAAGUGGAGCAUCAAGUGUUGUGGGAAGCGUUAACACACCUUUGCGACUUGCUGGUACUACAGGUAAUCAAAUGAUGGCAGUUCCUUCUGGAAUGCAGCUCAUGCAGAUUCCAACUCAAGGUGGCACCACUGUUACUGUCCCUUAUUCUAUGAAUGCUAACGUGCGCCAAGGAUUCGAUGCAACUCAAGCUCAAACUUUGCAAGCUGUGAAAACUAGAUAUUUUGAUACGUCAAAUGUCUUUCACGAUGCUAUCAAGGGAAAGGAUGAGAAUGACAAUGUUGUCUAUCUUAUUCCAUAUCCUGCUGGUACGACAAAUGUUGAACUUCAAGCCGACUGGCACUAUGCUAGUGAAGAUGGAGAUUUGCCAGAUCUUGCUACUGAAGCAGAUCGAGGUCUGCAGUUUAUUCAAAACAGCAGAAAGGAAAGAGAUCAAAUUUGGGUUGUACGAUCAUGUCAUCAUGGACAGUGGUUGUACAAACACCACCAUUUGUAA